AGGAAAUACGAGGCCUAUUUGUAGGUUCUCGUCUGCUGCUUCCAUGGUUUACCCUAUUUCUCUCUCUUGAUUUCUAGGAUUUCUGCGAAUUAGGGAUUUUUUUUUUUUAGGGUUUCAGAUAAUUUAUGAAUGGGUAAGGUUUCGCUUCCUCCUGGCUUUCGUUUCCACCCCACCGAUGAGGAGAUCGUGAGCUAUUAUCUGAAGAGAAAAGUUUGUGGAAAAUCAUUACACUGUAAUGCUAUUUCCCAGAUCGAUCUCUACAAAUCCGAGCCAUGGGAUCUUCCGGGUCAGUCUCUGCUGAAAACCAGGGACCUAGAAUGGUACUUCUUUAGCCCCCUUGAUAAGAAACAUGGAAAGGGUUCACGUACAAAUCGAGCUACAGAGAUUGGGUUUUGGAAAACCACUGGAAAGGAUCGACCAAUUCGACGUAAUGGGCGAACUGUUGGCAUGAAGAAGACACUGGUUUUCCAUGUCGGUCGAGCGCCAAAUGGAGAGCGAACUAAUUGGGUCAUGCAUGAGUAUAGGCUUGAAGACAAGGAAUUGAACGACAAGGGAAUUGUACAGGAUGCAUAUGUAUUAUGUAGAAUUUUUCAGAAGAAUGGCCCUGGACCCAGAAAUGGUGCCCAAUAUGGGGCACCAUUCAAUGAAGAGGAAUGGGAAGAUGAUGUUGUGGCUGAUUCUCUGAUACCACUCCCUAUGGUCAGUGGUGUGGCUCCUUCGUCAGAGCCUCAAAUGAAUCAGCUUGUUGUGGUUCCUAAACAAGAGAUGGAUGAAUUAGUAUCUGAUCAGGCACCCAUUUUGGAUGGUAGCUCCGGUAGCACCAAUGAAAAUAUCUUUUCAUCUUAUAUUAAAUCACAUGCUCAUGAUCUUAAAGAUGAAGACAAUGUGCAACUACAGCCAGCUAAUGAAGAUGAUUUUGCUUGGCUUUCCCAUGAGAAUGGGUUUCUUCAGCACAAUGGUGAUAAUCAGGAAUUGAAUGCAGGCCUUCUUAUUGAUGGAUUCCAUGCUUAUGACCUUGAUGACAUGGAAGAAAAUGCUUAUGAUGGAGAAGCUCAUCAGAUGCUAACACCCAUUGACGAUGAUUCCUUCUUAGAAGUUAAUGAUAUUCUGAAGCAUAUUGAUACCCAGAAGUGUGAGGCUGAGACAGUCGAACCCGAGGCUGAGAUGGUUGAACCCUUUACAUAUUUUGAUACGGUGAUUGAUAAUCCAGUAAUUGAGGAUGGGUCUUUCUUAGAGAUGAAAGAUGUAUUGAACCCCCUGGAGCCUGAACCUGAUGAGUCUGAAUUCCUUGAUGAUAUCCUGAACUUCUUUGAUACUGUUGAUGAUGAUUCAAAUCCUGUUUUGCCAGACUUAUCUGCCAGACUGCCUGUUAAUGAAGAUUAUAAACCUGAGCAAUCGAAAAUGGUUACAAAGGUUGAUGUUGAAGGUUCAUUACAAGGAUAUGCUGCUAACCCACAUACCCAUGAGACCACACAUGUGCAUGGUGUAGAAGGUGCUUCAUCCUCGGAGCAAAAAGCUGAUCCAUUUACUGGGACUGGGGACAAGUUCAUCAAAGGCAAGGUGGACAAGAUUUCAGAACCUACAGAUGUUCCAAGUGAUGAAUCCUUCGAUGGAUUGUUCUCAAAACGGUUCCAGAACAUGUUGGGUUGCAUCCCUGCACGCCCCGCAUUAGCUGCCGAGUACCCCACAAAAGGAGGCCUCAAACUCUCUCAAAACGAGGCUUAUGCAGGUGCAUCCAUCAAUGUCACUGCAGCCACUGUGCAUAUAACCCACAUGUCAUUUAUGGGAAGCGACACAAAGGCAUGGCCAUUGCAUGAUUCCCGCCACAUGGAUUACCUUCUUUCAGAUGGCAUAGUAAUGGAUGAUUUAAUGGUUCGGAAGAGCUCUGUUAGUCUUGGUGAGCUGGUCUUGGGUACCUUCAGCAGUGACAUGGUGGUGGUUUUGAGGGGUGGGUUUGCAUUUUUCUUUAUGCUGCUCGUAUUAUUGGGUGUAAGUUAUAGAUUCGGAAAGUUGAAGGUAUUCUUUGGGAGUGCUUUGCUUUGAUGUUUCAUGGCUGUAUUUGGUUACAUUGUUCUUGUUGGGUUUUGCUGACAGUUGACUGAUGUUUGUUGUAUGUAUGAACAUGAAGCCUUCUUAGUUAUCAAAGAAUAACUUUAUCUUA